CAUCUUUGCCACGAUCAUCAUCACCAUCACCAUCAUUGCCAUCAGCAUCAUCUUCACCAUCAUCAUCCUCAUCAUCACCAUCACCAUCAUCAUCACUGUCAUUAUCACCAUCAUAACCAUUACCAUUAUCACCAUCACUAGCCUCUUUGCCACUACCAUCAUCACCCAUCACUAGCCUCUUUGCCACUACCAUCAUCACCAUCACCAUCACUAUUACCAUCAUCACUAUCACCAUCAUUUUCACCAUCAUCAACACCAUCACCAUCAUUAUCUCAUC